AGUAAUUCAAACGGACUAAAAUUUAAAUUAGUUUCCUAGAAACUAAUUCAAAGUUGAAACGUUAAAGUUGGCUACAUAACAACCUGUUCCUGAUUCUAUGUAACAAGAAUUUAGUUUCUCACUCCCACUAAUACGCUCCAAGGUUAAUUAGCACUUAAUUACUCACAGGCAGCCAUAAUCUUCCGUCCUUUCUCUCUCCUCACUUUAACCCUUCUCAGCAAUCCAUUGUUAAUUCAAGCUACUAAUUGUUUGAAGAAGGGGAAGUUUGAAAUUUUCGUAUCGAAUCGAAAACUCAAUUUACAUUGCUAUAAGGUUAAACAACUACGUUACGGUAAAAGAUGGCCCUAGCUAGAACCAACAGUUCAUCAUCUCGGUGUUCUAAACAUACAAUUCCGCAAAACAACCGCCUCUUAGUGGCGAAUACCCCUUUCAAAUUAGACAAAGCACUUCUAGCUAAAAGAUCGGCAACAAUAGCUUCCUUACUCGAAAACAACCCUUCCGAGGACCUCUCAAUCUUUUUCCAAGAAACACCAUCAGAACCCGAUGCCUUAGAACUCAUGGCAAGAUUUUGCCAUGGACUCAACGUCGAAAUGACUAGCGACAACAUCAUUUCUCUCAUUUGUCUCUCUAACCAUCUCAAAAUGACCGAUACCCACUCCCCUAACAACUUACUCAACAACGCAAUCUCUUUCUUGAAACAAAAAAUCCUCCCAAGUUGGAACCAAAUUAUAAGGUCAUUACGAGCAUCAAGGGGGCCCACAUUUCAGCAGGCCGUUGAGAUUGGGCUUUUGGAUUGCUGCAUAGAGGCCCUUACAGCCCACGUACUCUCCGAUCCAACUAUCCUAGCCCAGCCCAUCAUGGUUAGUAACAACAACAACAACAACAAUAGGCCCAUGAGAAACAGUAAUGUAACAAGAAGGAGGAAGCUCUUUGGUGAAGGUGAUCAUUCCAAUGCUUCAUCAUCGGAUACUGAAACUUCAUUAGAAGAUCUAACCUCAUUGCCGGUGAAAAUGUAUAAGCCGAUCGUCGAGGCGAUGGCGCAACGGCAAGUCCCACAAGAGAACAUCGCCGGGUCCCUCGUUCAAUACCUUAAUAAACAUGGUGAUGAUAGUGAAGCCAUUGAGGUAAUAGAGAGACUAUUACCUACUAGUACUACUUGUACAACAAAUACAAACUACCUUCUUUACCCUUACACCCUCUUGUUCGAGAUGCAUUCCUUGGCAAUCUCCCUUAAGGCGAGCGCAGAAUGUGUAGCUUUCUUGGAGGAUAGAAUCGGUAAGGAACUAUACCGCGCUACAGCUGAGGAUCUCCUUGCCUUAGACCUCGAUAUUGACAGCCUAAGGAGGGUGUUAAAGGGGUUUUACGGUAAUUUCAGUGAUCCUGAUCCUAACCUUUCAGGGUUGGUUGCAGUGGCGGAACUCUUGGAGGAGUACUUGUUGGAGGUAGCUAAGGAGAGGGAAAUGGAUGCAAGGAGUUUCACAGAGGUGGCGGAAAUGGCAUGUUCGACAUCAAAUGUAGGGACUUAUCGUUGCUCAGAUGGGAUUUAUAGAGCAGUGGAUGCUUACUUGGAUAAACACAUGGAGUUAAGUGAGUCAGAAAGGGAAGAAGUUUGUAGGGUUUUGGACUUUCAGAAGAUGUCAUCUCAAGCUUGUAACCACGCCGCCUUGAAUCGGAGAUUGCCGUUGAGAGUUGUUGUGCAAGUUUUGUUUGUUUCUCAGCUGCAAUUAAGGGAUAAUAUUAGUAAAGCUGUUGAAGGAAUUUGUAGUACUAAUAGUAAUGUAGAUGAAGGAAGCCGAAGGCGAGGUAAUGAAGAGAUUAAGCUAGCGGAAGAUGAUGAAAAGUGGGAUGAUAAUGAUAAUGGAGAGAGGCAAGAGAUUAUGGGAAGAUGUCAUGAUGGAAAGAGUUGUGGGAAGAAGGGUAAAAAGAAGAUGAGUUUAUGGAAGGGAAUGAAGAGGAAGUUAGGGUGUAUGGGAACUAGUGAUUAUGAGGCUUUGUAUGAUUGCAAUUGCCAACUUACAAAGAAGAAAAAGAAGAAGAAGAAGAAGAAGAAUUAGGAAGUUUAAUUCAUUAGUGAAACAGAUUUUUGUAGGCAUGUUGGAUAACAUGGAAAACCUUUUUCAUGUAUUGAUCGAUCUGUGAUGGUUAUUAGUUAGCCAAGUACGUUGUAGUACUUUGAACCUGUGAUUCAUCGUACAGAUGGAUUCAAUCUUUGUCUCUAAGUUAGCAUUUAAUUGACGGUUGAAUAGAAUUUGAUCGAAUUUAAACGCAA